AUGGCCGUCGCAUGGCGCAGCUUGAUAGACACAUGUCUGUGCUUGGCCAAGUUUCUUCUUCCGCCAACACUCAACGUGGUCCAACAUGUUCCUUUUGCUCUAUAUCUUGCACAGCAGGAUGAUGCUUAUUGUGCCAUUGUUCAAUCGAGUCUGCCCGUUGCUGUCUGCCCCUUUUCUUCUACGCUUUUCAUGCUGACGCAUCGGUUUUUUCCCCUACACAGGUUAAGUGUACCGGAAACCCUGGAAAUGGACCAUGCAGCAACUGUUCCAGGCUGGAGCUCAGCUGUAGCUUCGCCGUCUCGCCUGGUGCUUCCGAGGAAGGUAGGUUCCGAAACGGCACACCUGACGAAUAAUCCUCCAGUUUCUGACAGCUUGAGUCCAGAGCGAGUCUCAAGGACAACACCCUCACACAGCCAUACCGAAGCUGGUACGCUGAGGAAGAGGGCACAGAGGGCUUGCAGCCAGUGCCAUGCACACAAAACCAAGUGCUCUGGAGACCUGCCCAAGUGUAAGAGAUGCGAGUCCGCGAACCUAGUCUGCGAGUAUACACCCACAAGGCGGAGGUUCACCAAUGUUCGCUUCCACAGCCCAAAGGCUGAGGAUCAAAAUCCCUCCACUUUGCACCCUCUCAAGCCAGAAGAAAACGGAGCCAUCAGUCCCGCGAGCAGCAAUAGCACCGGAAUUCCGACCUAUCUUCUUGAGUCGGCGAAUUUCCAGGCUGAGUAUGGGGGUUACACGACGAAAUUCCCACGAACUUCAGCUAACAGUUCCGCUUCUCAGGAAAACAGAUUUCCACCUGCUCAAGCAGCGGCCGUAUGCUCCGUCACCUCUUUCUUCGUGAACCCCGGCUUGGCUGGCCGGGAGUUUGGAAGGAAAUGUAGCCAGCAAGUCGAAACGCACAUCUACCGCAAUAUCUACAAGUUUUCCGAGAGCGCUCUCUUUCUGUUUGCUCUCAACAUUCUGUUCAACAUCCUCGAUGGCUCCCACGCAAAGGUCUGGCAAUGCUUUGGCGUGGCUUCGAGACUCAUGAUAGGCUUGCAGCUGAACUGGGACGUCACGUCGCAUCACACUUCGUUUAUCCAACAGGAAUGCCUUCGGCGUAUUGCCUGGCAGCUUUUCAGUCUUGAUCGUCUUCUGGCAGGCGGUUAUGAAGAAUACAUAUCUUGUCGGGCCGAGAACAUGAAGAUCAGGCUUCCCUGCAACGAGGCUGCCUUUAGAGAGAACCGACCGGUUGUUGCAGAGAGAUUGCAUGACAGGCCCACCCGCUGCUCGCCCGCUCUUGGUCUUCACGGCAUCCAGAUCCUGCUUGUUGACCUUCGGCAUCGCAUACAAGUAGCUACGAAGAGGCUAUCCGUACCGUCUGGGACUCCCAUGGCGUCCCUCGAGCCAUCAAAGGUCAUGGAGGAUAUUGCUGGACUGCAGAGCGAACUAACCAGGUUUCACAUUUCGAUACACGAUGAUCUGCGACUGACCGAACAAAGCAUGGCACGGUACGCUGCCUCGGAUCAGUGGAGGGGAUACUGUUUCUUCCAUACCCACAUGGCUGUGAGCCAUAUCGACCUCUACCGCUUUUCAUUGCCUGGUCCUCGAAAUCCGGCGUCCAUCGAGAUUCUCCGAAAGCUUCCGCCAGAUUUCAUCGCCCGUUCGCAAAGGCAAGCGGUCGCCCAUGCCCUGAGCCUGGCUCGAUUCCUGGACGCCAUCAAGAUCGAGACCGACAGGAUGCCAAAUCCCGGCACUCCCAAGCUGGUCGGCGAUUACUCCGUUGCACACAUGUCCACUCAGUGUAUCCGAGUAUUGCUCAUCGCUCUGCAAUACAACCUGUACGAGCACAUGGGUGACACGACGGCGCCGGUCUGGCGAGGCUCCGAGACGAGCGAGGCCCAAAUCAGAUCGCUAAUCGGGAGUAUCAUGGAAAUUACCGAGGCCUGGGCCGAGAUAUUCGACAUGGCGAAGCAAGCUCACUUCUGUAACAAGGCGAUGGUGGAAGACUUUUACAAGAACGGGAAGAUACUCGACCGAGGGAACGCAGCGAUCAUUACGGGACAAGAGCCAGGCGAGGACAAGUUUCCAUUUGGGUCGGAUGUUUAUAUUGAACGAAUGAACAUCCCUGACCUUAAGGAGGAGCCAAGGAGCCGAGCCGCGAAUAUGCCCGUGUCCGACUGGUGGAUGGGCCCGUCAACGACGCAACCGCUUUCGAGCAAGGCUUCAUCACCUCUGCCGAUGCCGUAUUCUACUCCAGAGGCGGGCUUUGACGGCGAUCACGGCCCGCCCGGCGUUCCCUUGUUCCUCGCCCAAGCGCGCAACGUCUCUCUGGGCAUCAGCGACGUUUACGACGCAGAGACGGCCGUUGGCAUGCAGCCGUCGGACGUGCUAGCCAUGAUGCCCAACAGCUACUCGAUGAUGCAGCCCGAGGUGCUGAGCGAGAGUAACGGGAUGCCUAUGCUGCGCAUAGACGAUACCCUCCCCAACCAGGCCAUGUUUCGACAAGCGGACGUUCCGCCUGCUCCGCCACCGCCCUUUAUCGCGUCCCAGCCGGGGAUGAUGAUGAAUGGGUACGUGCCGCCGUAUCCAGGCGGGCAUGCCGGUGCGCCUGUGUAUCCGCCGCAACACAACUUUGGCUGA